AAAAAUAAUUUUUGAGAAGCAGUGGUUCUACUUGGAUAAUGCCAUCGGACAUGUUUAUGGAACUACUUUUGAAGUAACCAGUGGUGGAAACCUCCAGCCAAAGCAAGAGGUGGAAGAGACUAACACAGAAACAAAAGAAGCAGGUACAGAUAAUCGUAACAUAGUUGACGAUGGAAAGUCUCAAAAACUGACUCAUGAUGACAUAAAGGCUUUGAAGGACAAGGGUAUUAAAGGACAGGAAAUAGUUCAGCAGUUAAUAGAGAACAGUACAACGUUCAGAGACAAAACAGAAUUUGCGCAAGAUAAAUACAUAAAGAAGAAGAAGAAAAAGUAUGAGGCACUUAUUACAAUUGUGAAACCAUCCACUCGCAUUCUUUCAACAAUGUAUUAUGCAAGGGAACCUGGAAAAAUUAACCACCUGCGCUAUGACACCCUGGCUCAGAUGUUGACUCUAGGAAACGUCCGUGCUGGCAACAAGAUGAUUGUGAUGGAAACAUGUGCAGGCCUUGUGCUGGGUGCAGUGAUGGAGCGAAUGGGAGGCUAUGGAUCCAUUAUUCAGAUGUAUCCAGGAGGGGGACCUGUUAGAGCUGCUACCAGUUGUUUUGGAUUUCCAAAAGCCUUUUUUGAUAACCUUCAUGAAUUUCCUCUCAGCAAAGUGGGUAGUCUGCUCUCUGGGACAUUUUCUACAGAGACUCUGCCUUCGGAACCCGAAGAUAAUGUGCUAGCGGAAGAAGCAAGCAAUGGAUUGACUGAUGAGAAGCAGACUUCCCUACAGGGAACAGAAGAGGAAUCUACUACUGAAGCAGCUAUGGAGAUCAACCAAACAGAAGAGCAAGAAACAAUGGACAUUAAUGCUGAAGAUGUAGAACUUAAAGAGAACAAAGAAAAAGAAAAUAAAGAAAAUGUUCGGGAAAAGCAAAGAAAACAGUGGGAGAGAAGGAAAAAGCUGUUAGAAACUGCUGCUUUGUUGAGAGAGAAGAAUGCUGAUGGCUUAAUUGUAGCCAGCAAGUUUCAUCCCACUCCUUUACUGCUUGCUUUAUUGGAAUUUGUUGCUCCUUCAAGGCCUUUUGUUGUCUACUGCCAGUAUGAAGAGCCAUUAUUAGAAUGUUAUACAAAGCUGAGGGAAAGAGGUGGCGUUAUUAACCUAAAGCUGUCUGAAACCUGGCUACGGAACUACCAGGUCUUACCAGAUCGAAGCCAUCCAAAACUGACAAUGAGCGGAGGUGGAGGGUACCUUCUGUCUGGUAUAACUGUUGUCUUGGAUAAGGGCAAAUCUGAUUCCAGUAAUUCAGAAGCACUGAAGAUGGAAGAGCCAUCAUCUAAAAGAUGCAAAGUUCAAGACCUUCAUUGUUAA